AGUCUCGGCUGAGCUGAUGCUAACUUAGCCGCGCUGCUUCCCUUUGUCACUAAACUGACUUCCGCUUUUAUGUUUGGUCCAGGUUUCUGGAAUCUGCCGUUCACUGACAGGGACAGAGCCGCAGGUAGUUCUGAGGGAUAUCGUGCAAUAUCCUCCCAUUUUAACCUACAUUUAGCAGGAAUCCCGCUACUCCUAUUCCGACGGUUUUCUCCGUAUUAGCUGGCCAGCCAGCUGAGUUAAAUCACCUAGCAUGUUCCGCUUCUUCAACGACGGUGAUGACGACCUCUUCAUGAUGGAUCCAUUUGCAGCUCACAGGCAGCAGAUGAGGAGUAUGAUGGGACCUUUUGGGAUGGACCCAUUUGCUUUAGCUCCCCAGAUGCACCCACACCGAGCACCGGCACGUAGACAAGCUACUGCACUAGCUCCCUUUGGCAUGAUGGGAAUGGGUGGAGGAUUCAUGGAUAUGUUUGGCAUGAUGGGAGAAAUGAUGGGAAAUGUGGAAAGAAUGUCUGGCUCGCCAAACUGUCAGACGUUUUCCUCUUCAACAGUAAUCUCUUAUUCUUCUACGGACAAUGGGGCUCCUAAAGUUUAUCAGCAAACCAGCGCACUAAGGACAGGCCCUGGAGGGAUCCGUGAGACCCGGCAGUCGAUGAGGGACAGUGAGAGCGGUCUUGAGAGUCUUGCCAUUGGCCACCACAUUGGAGAGCGUGCACACGUUGUGGAGCGUUCACGAAACCGCCGUACUGGAGACCGCGAAGAGCGGCAGGAUUUUAUCAACCUUGAAGAAACUGAUGCAGCAGCAUUUGACGCAGAGUGGAGGGGGGAAGCUGGCAGAUACGUUCCCCCAAAUGCCCGUCGGCUGGAGUACGGCCAAGAUCGACAUGGAGGAGGUCAACAGCUGGCUCUUCCAGCUCCUCCCAGCUCAUCAUCCCCACCAGGUCAUCGACACGAGUCCCCCAGACACCGUCAGCCCCAAACCCGUCCACGUUACGACUGGUCUCCCGCCUAGCAUGUUGAGCAGAUGAGAGGAGUUGAAGGAGCAUUUUCCUGAUGCUGUGAACCAUACCGAAGAUGGAAGUUGAUUGCCACAACUGCCCUUCGUUAAUGUUUGACAUGACUGGACUGUCUAAAUAUGAGCAAAAUAUUAUACACACACACUCACAUACACACAAACACACACAAACAAUUGACACACUUGAUAGUUAAAUCUUCAUUUCAACUUCUUUGUUACACAGACGGCUAUACAGAUACCCUUGUGUAAACAUAGGUGUAACUAUGCUCACUUUAUAGAUAUAUAAAUAUAUAUAUAUAAAUAUAUACAUACACACACUCAUUUUCAAAACUUGACAUGUCUUUUUUGCCUGCUGCCUCUAAGUGCUCAGGCAUUCAGUUCUUCUGCUGUACAGUCCAUUUUAUGUUUGUGAGGACACUAGUGUGUCAGUGAAUUGAAUUGUAUACUGUUAACUAAUUGAUCUAACUAAAUAAAGGUCAUUGAACGUUGUUAGAUAACUGUAAAUUGUGUCUGUUGUUUGAGGUUGAAUCUUAAACAUACGGUGGUGCUUUUAAGUGA